ACACUCGUUCACAGUUUGGAUUGGCAUUUUCACAACUGUACUCCUACUUUUCAAAAAACUUGCCCUUCGUCAACUGUGACCUUGAGAUUAGGUGUUGAAUCCGGUGUUUAAAUUAUUUCCAUCAGUACAGGCUUACAGGAGAGACAAUCAAAUGACUUCAUUCCUCGGAACUUGCGCCGUAGUCGCAGUCAAAGUUUUUAAAAAGACAACACCUAAUGGCAAGGUCACAGUCUACCUUGGCAAGAGAGACUUCAUCGACCAUCUAGACCAUUGCGAUCCGAUCGAAGGCGUAGUUGUAGUUGACAAUGACUACCUCAAGGGGAGAAAGAUCUACGGCAUGGUCUCGACCACGUACAGAUUUGGACGUGAAGAGGAUGAGGUCAUGGGCCUCAAGUUCAGCAAAGAAAUGGUCCUUGCUAAGGAUCAGGUGGUACCUGCGGCCAGUGAGAAACAAGAACUUAGCCCGAUCCAGGAGAAGUUGAUCCGCAAAUUCGGGCCGAACAACGCAUUUCCAUUCGUGUUCAAGUUCCCUCCGAACGCUCCGUCGUCGAUCACACUCCAGCCCGGCGAAGACGACAUGGGGAAACCGCUCGGAGUCGAGUACAGUAUCAAGACCUUCGUGGCGGACAACCCUGACGAUAGGAGCCACAAGAGAUCAUCGGUCACUCUUGCUAUCAAGAAGUUGCAAUACGCUCCAACGACACGCAGCCGCCGCCAGCCGAGCUCCCUAGUCAGCAAGGGGUUCACGUUUUCAACAGGGAAACUCAACCUCGAGGUGACUCUCGAUAAGGAGGUCUACUUCCACGGCGAGCAGAUCGCUGCCAAUGUCGUCGUGAGCAACAACUCGAGGAAGUCUGUCCGCAACAUCAAGGUGUUCGCAGUACAGCACUGCGAAGUUACCAUGAUCAACGGGCAAUACUCAAAACACGUCGCUGGCCUGGAAACACGCGAAGGAUGCCCGAUAACACCUGGAGCGUCCUUUACAAAAGUCUUCUAUGUCGUUCCUCUCGCUUCGAGCAACAAGGACCGUCGUGGAAUCGCUUUGGAUGGACAUCUUAAGGACGAUGAUGUUAAUCUUGCUUCUUCGACUCUUGUCCCGGAAGGGAAAAGUCCAGCGGAAGCUCUCGGUAUCGUAAUUUCAUACUCCCUCAGGGUGAAAUUGAACUGCGGUACACUCGGAGGUGAACUGGUGACCGAUGUGCCUUUCAAGCUUCUUCAUCCGGCUCCAGGUUUCGUCGAGAAAGAGAAGGCUUUGAAAAAAUCCAAGAGCAUCGAGCGUUCACGUUAUGAGAACUCAUGCUACGCGGACGACGACGACAACAUCGUCUUUGAAGAUUUCGCCCGCUUGCGCAUGAACGAGUCGAUAGACGAAGGAAACUAAAAACCACCGGCCUAGAAAUUUUUACUUUUUAUUUUCCGCUUUUAUUUUUCACUUGCAUUUUUAAACACGGGGGAGAAUGAUUUCUUAGUCGCCCUAGCGAUAGCGGUCUCAACAGCGUUGUUUCAGUUUUAUUAAACUUUUUAUUUCGAAAAGUUCCUUUUUAAUAAUAAUAAAUCUGAAUUCCGUUGCCAAAAUGUUUUGUGGACAGUGCGGGCAACCUUAAAGCCCUGAUGUCAAUUAAUUGAAAAUAUCUGUUAUUUUUAAAUUAAUUUGACUGAAAGACGAUAGAAGACUUGUGUACAUUAUUAUUUAACUCUUUGAAAAUGUGAUUUUCAUUUGAAAUUUUCUUUAAGAAUUUUCAUCUGUUAGACUGUUUAGUUUGCUUUUAAGUUGAAAAUAUUAUAAACUGCACCUGAAUGAUAAAAUAUACACAUGAUGAAAAAGC